AUGGCGGCGAUGGCGAUCCCCGCAGCCCGCCGCCUCCUCGCGCCCACCCGCCGCCACCGCGCCUUCUGGUCGGCCUCGUGGAGCGCCGACCAGGCGGCCGCCACGGCAUCGGCCCCCUCGUCACCUUCGCCGGACAAGAAGAAAAAGGCGCCGUCAGGGCAGCACCGCCUGGCCUCCGUCAUGGACGCCGUCAACGAGCGCAAGCUCCCUCCCGAGCUCCGCGGCCGCGGCAACGCGGUCAGGUCUGAAACUGACAUAGUAAAUGUUGUGGAACAAAGAAUAUGGCAUUCAAUGGAAGAAGGGCACUUUGAAAAUCUACCAGGGAAGGGCAAACCCCUAAACCUGAAUUCAAACCCUCACGCCGAUCCUGCCGAAGACACCCUUUACAGGAUACUUUCGAAGAACGGUUGCGCCCCUGAAUGGAUUGAGCUGAAUAAGGAAAUCCGUGGCAUGAUUGCGCGCUGGAGGUCAGCAUUAAGGAAGGCUUGGGCAAACCGCUCUGAAGAUGACGGUUCUAACUGGAAUCAUGACUGCAGGAUUCUCCAGGAACAAAUUCGCCAAAUAAAUGAUAAGGUUUUUCGAUACAAUCUGAUAGUGCCGUUUGGACGCCAAAUGUUUGCUCUGAACUGGGACAAGGAGGUGGCCAAAUUGAAGCUGAAGUAAGAACAAUGCACUACGCUUCUAGAACACACUUUCAGAGGCUUGCCCUGGAUUUUGUAGGAUUGACCUGUAACUUAGCAUAUUGAGUAGGUGAUACUUGAAUAAAAGUAUCAAGAAAGUAUAAAUAGUCACACUUAGGCCCAUGAAGCAAUGAGAAUCUAUAUGUAUGUCAUAUGCACAACCUAAACUGAUUUUCUUCAAUGGAACUGAACACUGACUACCGAAAUUCUGUGGCAUGAUAUGUAAGUUGGGGUGAUUCAGGUAGCCGUAAGCCAUUUUCAACAACCGCAAUGGAGCAUGCAAUGUAUGUUUUUUUAAGGGUUA